GCAGCGCUGGCUGCUGCCAUCCACUCCGGUCCGCUGUACCUGCUUGGCUGUUUAACUUAGCUACCAGUCACUUUUAUUCAGUGGUAACAGCAUGAAGGACAGAAAAAAAUACCCCAAUUUGUUUCCCACUCGGCGCGCAGAUGUUAUUUGAGGGAAACAUGUGAGCCGUCCGCUCGGUUUCCGUAUUUUAGCUGUUUAGCUGAGUCCAUUUUGCGUCUAACUGGAAGUGGAAAAAAGACAAAGAGAAAAGAGCUUUCCAACAGCUAGAAUGGUUUGGGCCUAAAAAGAAGACAAGAGCAACAUGAACCGUGAGGACCGGAAUGUGCUCCGAAUGAAAGAAAGAGAAAGGAGAAAUCAAGAAAUCCAACAGGGAGGAGGAGAGGCCUUUCCAGCGAAUUCCCCUCUCUUUCCUGAACCCUACAAAGUGGUCAGCAAGGCAGAUCUACUGUCCAACCGUAUUCAGAGCAUGUUGGGCAAUUACGACGAGAUGAAAGAGCCGAUCGGUGAUACUCUUCCAAAGCUUCCGGGUAAACCUUCGAACAGCUCGUCUUCCUCCGAGGAGAAGUCCGGCCAGCCUCUGUUUGGCGGGGACCAGCGAGGCGUCGGUAGCGGCGGCGGCGGCGGCAGCCAGAGCAGUAAGUGGACUCCUGUAGGCACGGCAGCGGGCGGACCCUCGUCUCAGUCGCAGAAACGUUCUGGACUGGCAGGCGGACACAGUAGCCAGAGGAACAGCGGCAGCAGUAGCAGCAGCAGUAGCCAAAGAGGGGAAGUGCGGGAAAAGAAAUCCAGUAAGCACGGCGGCGGCGGCGGCGGCUCGGAGCACUCAAAGUCGCACACUUCAAGUCCAGCGAAGGGGUCGCUGAGUUCCUCCGGCGGCCACUCGCGGAGCUCCUUGUCCGCGGAGCAGCAUCACCCCAAGUACCGCAACAAGUCACCCAGAGACAGAGAGGCCAACUGGGACUCCCCCUCGCGGGUACACACGUCUUUCCCCAGUGGACAGCACUCGAGUCAAGCCUUCCCCCCGUCUCUCGUCUCCAAGCCCAGCUCAAUGCUGCAAAAGCCCACAGCUUAUGUGCGGCCUAUGGACGGCCAGGAAACGGCCGAACCCAAGAGCUCACAAGCUGAAAGCUACGGCGGGCAGUCGCACAGCAGCACCAUGGGAGAGGUGAAGUCCAUCGGCAAAGCUUCGCUAACAAAACUCAAGAUCCCCUCACAGCCUGUCGAGGGGUCCGGUGACGCCAACUGUGUUGACGAAAUCCUGAAGGAAAUGACUAAGUCGUGGCCUCCUCCUCUUACAGCCAUCCACACUCCCUGCAAAACGGAGCCCUCCAAGUUUCCAUUCCCCACCAAGGAUGCACACCAUUUUCCAGGCGGACAUAAGCGAGGCAGUUCAUCAAAGAGCUCCAGCAGCCACCAGUCUAAAGAAUCCACUAGGCUGGAGGAAGACUUGAUAGUAAGCAGCAGCGAGGACAGCGAUGGAGAACAAGAAUCCAAGAACGCCCCACGCAAUAUGGAUGAAGCUGAGCCACCCAAGGACGACUCAACCAGCCACAGCGGCUCAGAGACCAGCUCCGGUUCCGACAGCGAGACCGAGAGCAGCUCAACGGACAGCGAGGCCAACGAGCGCCCACGGACCGCCUCUCCUGAACCCGAACAGCCUGUGACCAACAAGUGGCAGCUGGACAACUGGUUCAAGAACGUCCCGCCCAAAUGCAAGAAAGAAGGCCGAGAUUACAGCUCAAAGGACUCGGCACCACCGCCACCCAGCAGGGAAAAGGGCGCGGAGGGUGGCCGCGGCCGGCAGAAGUCCCCCGCCCAGAGCGAAGGCGGCACAAAUCCCCGAAUACGAGUGGGCAAAAAGCAGCCUAAGAAGUCAGAGAAGCCUCCCGUGGUGGAGGAACCCAAGGGAGGUCUCAAAGUGGAGACCGAACCGGCUCCAGAGAUUCCUCCUCCCCGGUCCACCGCCGCCACUAAGGGCUUACGCAAACCAAGCAUCAAAAAAGAACCCAAGUCCUCUCCCAGGCCCUCGUCCGCCUCCGUCACCACCGCUACAGACAAGCGCAAGACCAAGGCCCCCACCAAGACCCCUCAGUCUCGGGAAAUUCUCUCCACAGAUUCUUCCUCCUCAGACUCGGAAGGAAACGACAGCAUCCCCUCCUCGUCGCAGACUCCCAAGUAUACGGAGAGCAUCAGGACCCCCGUGUGCGUUUUCUCCCCCAUGUUGUCGCCGCUCAGUGACCCCGAGGAGCGAUACCCCACAAGGCAACCUCAGCAGCAGGUUUUGCUCGUCAAGAUCGAUCUCAGCUUGCUGUCGAGGAUCCCGGGGCGGCCCUACAAGGAGCCUGCAGAGAUAAAAGUGGAGAGGGAAGACUCUCAGGACAGAGAGAGCAGCAAGGACUUUAGCAAGCCCAGCAAGUCCAAGAGGAAACACAAGACCGACGAGGAAGGCGCAAAGCCAGAGAGUAAGCGAUUCAAGCCAGACGAUAAAACUCAGUCGCCUCAUAAAACCAGCAGUAAAGAGUCGAAGAGACCUCUGGAGAAGAAAGAGGAGCCCGUGCCCUCUCCUUCCAUAUCCGGUCCUCAGCGCACGCCCAAGUCAGACCAUCCGAGCCGAAAGGGGACGGUCAACCAGUCGUCCGCGUUGCUGUCAAGCGGCAGCACGAGUAAAAAAGCGGGGAGCCACAGCAGCAAGGGCAGCUCCUACUCCAAACACAAAAAAGGAGAGGACAAGGGACGGAGCACACGCGAGGGCAAGGUUGAUGAGAAACAAUCAAGUAACCAGCUGGCUGUGCCCCCCCUUUCCACGGAUGGCUCUAGGUCACAGAGAUCCAAGAUGGUGUUUGAGGACAGGGUUCAUUCAGCCGAUCAGUACUUACAGGAGGCUAAGAAACUCAAGCACAACGCAGAUGCACUGACGAACCGUUUUGAAAAGGCGGUGUACUACCUUGAUGCCGUGGUCUCGUUCGUCGAAUGCGGGAACGCUCUGGAGAAGAGCGCCCAAGAAGCCAAGUCCCCCUUCCCGAUGUACGCCGAAACCGUGGAGCUUAUCAGAUACACUAUGAAGUUAAAAAGCUAUAUGGCCCCAGAUGCCACUUCAGCAGACAAGAGGCUAGCUGUGCUUUGCCUCAAAUGCCAGUCUCUUCUCUAUCUGCGGCUGUUCAAGCUGAGAAAAGACAGCGCUCUGAAAUACUCCAAAACACUCACAGAGCACCUGAAGGUACUCCAGGUUUCCUACAAGCUCAAAACCAAGAACUCUCUGAGUAACACCCAGGCUCCCUCUCCUGGAAUGGGAAAUAAGGCGGCAGGUAUGCCCUCUCCGGUGUCGCCGAAACUGUCGCCGGGCACGGCUGGGAGCUACUCGUCAGUCAGCAGCAACAGCAGUGCCAGCUCGUCUGUGACCAUACCUCAGCGUAUCCACCAGAUGGCCGCCAGCUACGUCCAGGUCACAUCCAACUUCCUGUACGCCACAGAGAUCUGGGACCAGGCGGAGCAGGUUGCCAAGGAGCAGAAAGAGUUUUUCUCCGAGUUGGACAAAGUGAUGGGUCCUCUGAUCUUCAACACCAGCAGCAUGACAGAACUGGUGCGUUACACUCGGCAGGGGCUCCACUGGCUGCGACUGGACGCUAAUCUUAGCCACUAGCGAGGACUGGUUCACCGGAAGCUGCUUCCUCACACCCUCACACACCUCAGCCUUUCAUGCUCAGCUGUGCUCAAAGACACGACUCGCAACAUGAACACAUACGUACUGUAUACACACACGCACACACACACACACCCGACACAGCCCACCUCCGGUCCUCCAUGUAUUCUUACAUGCGGUUAACCUCUGAGACGUGUUUCCAACACUGUGUCCAUUUUUCUGCACCAGCUUGCCAAAAAGAAAAAAAAAAACUGAGCGAUUUAGGACAUCGUCACACCUUCAGCGGCACCGCAUCAAACGUCCCAAGAGCUUAUCGCCUUGCUUCAAAUUUCGGCGUUCCAAUGAGAAUCUUCAAGGCCCCCCGUUUUUAUCUCUUCUGCAUAAAAGUGCUGUGGGGAUUAUUUCGUAUGAGGACACUAAACCUGGGAUUUUUUUUUUCUUUCUAGGCUACUUUGGCUUUUAACUUCUUUUUUUUUUUCUUUUCUUUUUUCUUUUCUUCUUAACUUGAUUUCACCAAAGUACCUCCCAGAAACACCAAAGGUGCUUUAAAAUGAAGGUUUCUCUUUAUCGUUUUUGUGCCUUUUAAAUGAGCUACAGGAAAACAGUCACCAAUGAGAUCAGAAUUUCCUUUUUAUGUUUUUUUUUUUUUUUUUUUUUUUUAUGUUCAUGUGUUCCCUCGUUGGUAUUUAAAUCAUUUUUAGUUGCUAGUUGAAGCUAGCCUGGCCAGCCAGACUGACUUAAUGCCAUUUACACUACAUAUCGGUCUGCUAAGGAGCUGGUAGAGCCCGGUUUUAAAGGCGGGACUAACAGAGGCAGCGUCAACCAAUCAGAUAACUACAGAUUUGACGCAAAAAAAAACUCCAAGCGAUGCACUGUUUUUUUUUUUGUUUGUUUUUUUUUUAGUCCGUGAAACAUGUCACGCCAUCGAGCAAGCUCUCCAGUGAACAAUUUUCUGCCGUUUUUGUCUUUAAAAAAUAAUAAUCAGAGGAUACAUGGUGCUCUCACACGCACUCUAAAUCUUUCAAGGCACCAAGCAACAAAAAUCUCCGUAUGAAUCUUGACUGUUAGGGUAGCAGAAAAGCGCUGCUGCAUCAUGGGUAAUUCUGCCGCUGAGAGUGACGCAUCGCAAAGUCCCGCCUCCCGCGCUGUGAUUGGUCCCGUCUGUUAUGGAGCCUUACCCAGACUGUUGUUCAGUCUGGCUGGCCAGGCUAAGCUGAAGCUGGAAAUUAUCCUUAUUAUUUAAACAAUUUGAAAUGUUUCAGUUUCAGCUCUCUGGAGGGCAGUUUUGGAAGCGUUCUGUCAAAAUGUUAAGAAAAAGGGGAUGGUCAUCAAAUUUUAUUCAGAGGUUAUUUUUUAACAAGGCGUAAUUUUAUUUGUCAGCGGGACGAACUUCUCCUUCUGCUGACAAAAUAUCUUCCAGAAAUGUAAGUUGGAAGAUUAAUUUAAACUUAUUCUAUAAACGGGAAGAUUUUUACCUUUUUUUGAAGAUUCAAAUUUCUGCUCAUGAGAGACAUUUUUAUUGCUGCGUUGUUCAGAAAGUUCCUCAAGCAAGGGUCACUCCCAUAUAGUGUUAUUCCCCUUGUUUUGAUCCCUUUGUUAACGGUGUAUUUUUCUAAGGAACAGCAGGGAUUGUCAUAAGUAUUGCAGAUUGUGUCCACACGUACAAUGCAAAUGCAGUUAUUUAUUUUGGGUUUUUUAAAACAAACCAAGGUUUUUUUUUUCUGAUUCAUCAGGACUAAAACGAAUCGACGUAAACGUGAAAGAUACGUUUUGUUUUUGUAAUAAGGGGACAAAACUAAUCAUUGACAGAGAUUAGCAGUGUUGUAUUUAUGUGAUAAAGAUUUUGUAUAUCUCAGAUAAUAAGAAAUAUAAUGACCACUAUAGAUUCUAUUUAUAUGCCAAGCAGAUCAUUUGUCUUCAAGCUAGUGCAAAAUGCAAGAUUCAGGAGAGGUUUAGUAUAUGAACAAGUGUUUAUACCGUUAUUGUUCUUAAACCAUGACAUUUUAAAACUGAAAUCAAUACUUUUUUCUUGCAAAGAAAAAAAUAGCUAGUACACCAGGCAGGGAGGUGCAUUGAGUAAGUAUAGAUGUUUGCUUUCCAGAUAUGUAAAGUCAUUGAUUCUAAUAUUGGUUAUAAUUACAGAUGCACUGAUCAGGCCGAUAUGGCUUUCCUGUUUUCUUUUAAGUCUCGCCCACAGAUUCUGUUUUUGACCAUUUUAGGUCUCUUUUUUUUUUUUCAAUUCUAAGGACCAACAAAUGGAAAACAGGAAACAAUGUUGUUUGACACAGGUAGUUUAAGAUUGGAGGCAUUCAGUGAACCAGGAAAAAAUCUGCAUUUUCUCUAUUUGACCUGCAGAUUGAGGGGAAAUUAGCCAGUUCUACUCUCUGGCCGACUGAUUGGUGCGUCUUUAGUUAUAAUGAUCUGGGGGGGAUUGGAUGCUGUUGUCACUACUUUUCAUGUUUUGGUUCCAAAGAAAACAUGCUGGAAAUCCCAAGCUUGGGCCAAAUAGUACUUGUGCUAAAACUAUUGGUUGAUUAUUUCUAAUAAGAUAUAUAUAUAUAUAAAAAUGUGCCACAAAAUUUAGGCUUAUUCAGCUUAUUUUUUUUAAUUCUUAUUCUUAUUUCUGCAUUAAAACCUAAAUACUGCUGACUAUUUGGCCCAGCUUGAACUGUUUUUCUUGUUGCUUGUAUGUCUUUGUUUUUUUUUUUUUCCACUGGCUCCCUAGACUUUUCUCGCUAGAGGGGAAUACUGUUAUUUUCUCUUCCACUUAAAGAGGAGAAAGUCAGAAGAGGUAUUAUUUUUUGAUCUAUGCAGGAUUUCUACAAAAACAAACAAACAAACAAAAAAAUAAUUUUUUAGCAGGUAAAAAAAGUAAUUUUUAAGCUUUUCUUCCUCCUUUUUUGCACCUCAGUGAGACAGACCCCUGUUCAGCUCAAGCAGCCAAUGCCUUUAGCUUUUGCAAUUUUCUGUAAUGGUGUAUUAUACUUGUGUAUAUAAUUCUUAUUGUUAUUUUUAAUAAUCAAACACAAAAGCUGGAGUCGUCUUUUCCUCAGUGGGUUUUGUGGGCCCGAUCACUGUCUUCAUACACUGGUACACUUUGUAAGUUAAGGUCGGCUCCUUGUGCUCCCUACACUAUCUUGUAGAGAAAUGGAAAAAAACAGAAAAUAGCAUUAGAAUGAUCCUUAACUGUUUGCUACUCACGCUUAUUUAUUUUUCUGCCCGUUUGUUUUUUCCCUCUUUGGCCUUUUUUUUUGAGGGUUCUGAUUUUUAUGAAAUAGGAAGAUGUAAAUGUUUUUGAGCUGUUCAUGAUGAGAUUUCAUUGUAAGUAGUAAUUAAUCUAACUUGAACGCAUCCAGGGUAAGAUGAAGUCCUUCCUAAUUCCCUCCCCCCCUUUUUAUUGGACGUUCAGUAGGAAGAUGUUAACACUUGCAUGUUUUUAUUUAAAUACAGUUGUAUAAAUUGUAAAUAUAACAUGUCUUUAAGGGUGACUUUUUACUCCAGGUUGGCAUUUUUUAAUUAAAUUUAAAGGACAAAAAAAAGACUGUAAAUAUAUUGUGAGAGACUUUAUGCACAUAUUUUUUUUUUUUUCCUUCCCCCAAGUCGUUACAGAUGAAAUCCCGGUGUGUUAACACUGUAAAUCAGAUUGAUUUCUCCAUCUUUUUUUUUUCUCCUCUUUUCCCUAACGUGCUUGUAUACGUUGUCUGUUUCUUCUUCACUGUCUCAUAGUAUCACCGUCACCACAUAAUCAGUAGCGUCUCUUAAAUCCAGAUGCGGAUAUAUAUAUUUUUUUUGUCCUCUCUGUAUUUGAUAUGGAGUUGUGUAUUUCAUUACGUGUAUACGGCUGAGCUCACGCGUCGGUUGGAUGACCUGUACAGUCUGUUGUCUACUUCCUCCUGAGAGGGCGAGAGAGACGUGUAUUUAGCGUGUCCAACAUGUUUUUCAAAACGGAGGUAUUUUGCCUCCACUCAGAACCGUUGUAGCAGUUUCUACAGUAUGUUGUCUAAGAACUUUUCUAUAACAGCAAAAGCCGUCUCCAUGGUGAGACCAGCAGCAUACGCGAUGUACAAUAAUCUGGAUUUGGCGACCUUUUAAGAGAACUGAUCAUAGAGAUGCUAUAUAUGAUGGAUGCAAUAUGUUUUAAAGGUACCUGUUGAGUUUGAUCUUCAAACUUAGGUUAUGUAAUUUAAAAAGCAUUCUUGUGAAGUGAGUAUUAAUUGUGACUAAUGGGAGUCUGUCCUGAAUAUUCUUUGUAUUUUGCCGUAUUGAGAAUAAAAUAUAUAUAUGGAUAUGUUUAA